AUGGAACCAUUAAGAAUAACUACUGAUGAUUGCGGGAUUAAUUCAAAGUAUCAUGAUAUAAUACAUAGGUCUAGUAUGUUGUCAAUCCCAUUAAUAAAAUGUGAUGAUAUUCCUGUUAUUAAACAGGAAUAUAUUGAUAAUCAAGUAUUGAAUGGAAUUGUCAAAGAAGAAAUUAAUGAAGAAAUAGACCAUAAAAAUGAUAGUCGAUCAUUUCAAAUAGGAACUAAAACUGAAUUGAAUGUUGACACCAUUGAUACCGAAAUAAAAACUGAAGUAAAUCAUAUUGAAGGAUUUGAAUUUAAAGGAGCAGUUUUAAGCGAAAGCAAUUCUGCAGAAAACAUAACUGGUAUGAAUUUAGACUUGAUAUCUAACUGCCUAAAUAAAAAUCCAUUGGGAUUAGAUAACAACAGUGAUAAAAUGUCUACAGCAUCCAAAUUAACAAAGUAUACAAGGACAUACACAGGUGAAAAGCCGUAUAAAUGUGAUUUUUGUGAUAAAGCGUUUUCUAAAAAAUCAUGUUUAAUUAUUCAUACAAUGACACAUACCGGUGAAAAGCCGUAUAAAUGUGAUGACUGUGAUCAAUCGUUUUCUCAGAAAUCAACUUUAAUUAUUCAUACAAUGACACAUACCGGUGAAAAGCCUUAUAAAUGUGAUGACUGUGAUCAAUCGUUUUCUCAGAAAUCAACUUUAAUAAGGCAUACAAGGACACAUACGGGUGAAAAGCCUUAUAAAUGUGAUGACUGUGAUCAAUCGUUUUCUCAGAAAUCAACUUUAAUAAGGCAUACAAGGACACAUACGGGUGAUAAGCCGUUUAAAUGUCAUAUCUGUGAUCAAUCGUUUUCUCAGAAAUCAAAUUUAAUUAGCCAUCAAAGGACACAUACCGGUGAAAAACCUUAUAAAUGUGAUAACUGUGAUCAAGCAUUUUCUAAGAAAUCAAAUUUAAUAUGCCAUCAAAGGACACAUACCGUUGAAAAGCCGUUGAAAUGUCAUAACUGUGAUCAAGCGUUUUCUCUGAAAUCAAGUUUAAUUAAUCAUACAAGGACACAUACCGGCGAAAAACCUUAUAAAUGUGAUAACUGUGAUCAAGCGUUUUCUAAAAAAUCAAGUUUAAUUAAUCAUACAAAGACACAUACCGAUGAAAAGCCUUAUAAAUGUGAUGACUGUGAUCAAUUGUUUUCUCGGAAAUCAAAUUUAAAGAGGCAUAAAGUUACACAUACCGGCGAAAAGCCAUAUAAAUGUGAUGACUGUGUUCAAUCGUUUUCUCAGAAAUCAACUUUAAUAAGGCAUACAAGGACACAUACGGGUGAUAAGCCGUUUAAAUGUCAUCACUGUGAUCAAUCGUUUUCUCAGAAAUCAAAUUUAAUUAGCCAUCAAAGGACACAUACCGGUGAAAAGCCGUUUAAAUGUCAUAACUGUGAUCAAGCGUUUUCUCAGAAAUCAAGUUUAAUUAAUCAUACAAGGACACAUACCGGCGAAAAACCUUAUAAAUGUGAUAACUGUGAUCAAGCAUUUUCUAAAAAAUCAAGUUUAAUUAAUCAUACAAGGACACACACCGAUGAAAAGCCUCAUAAAUGUGAUGACUGUGAUCAAUUGUUUUCUCGGAAAUCAAAUUUAAAGAGGCAUAAAGUUACACAUACCGGCGAAAAGCCUUAUAAAUGUGAUGACUGUGAUCAAGCGUUUUCUCUGAAAUCAAGUUUAAUUAAUCAUACAACUAAACAUACGGGUGAUAAGCCGUUUAAAUGUGAUGGUUGUGAUCAAUCGUUUUCUCAGAAAUCAAAUUUAAUUUAUCAUACAAGGACACAUACCGGUGAAAAGCCGUUUAAAUGUCAUAACUGUGAUCAAGUGUUCUCCUGGAAAUCAAAUUUAAUAAGGCAUAAAAGGACACAUACCGGUGAAAAGACGUAUAAAUGUGAUGACUGUGGUAAAGUUUUUUCUCGGAAAUCAAUUUUGACAUGUCACACAAUGACACAUACCAGAUAA